UGAGGAGACCGGUCGCCGCACCGAGCGAGGAAGGUGAUCUGUACCCGCAGGGGUCCAGUUUUGUCGAAGAGCACCAUGGCUGCGUCCUUUCCAACAAACCAAGCCAUUGUCGUGGGUGGUGGUCUUGGAGGCAUGUCUGCAGCCAACACCGUGGUUGAGAACGGUGGCAGAGUGGUCCUCUUGGACAAGUCAUCCUUUUGCGGUGGCAACAGCACAAAGGCCACGUCUGGAAUCAACGGUGCAGGCACAAAGACCCAGAAGGCGAAAGGAAUCCCGGACAACGCAGAGAUCUUCACCCAGGAUACCUUGAAGGGUGGAGCCAAGAAGCCCGAGUUGGCCAAGUUGCUGUGUGUGAACAGUGCAGAAGAUGUGGACUGGCUGGUGGAGAAAUUCAACUUGGACCUGUCAUUGGUGGCACGUCUAGGUGGACAUUCUCAGCCACGCACACACCGCGGCAAAGAGCGAUUUCCUGGAAUGACGAUCACCUAUGCUUUGAUCCAGAUGCUUGAGAAGGUGGCUGAGAAAACAGACUUGGCCAAAAUCAUCACGAAGGCCAAGGUUUUCAAGCUGGUCACUGAGGGCAACACCUGUGUCGGUUGCGUCUACGAGAAGGGCGGCCAGAACUUCCAAGAGUUUGGACCUGUGAUUUUGGCUUCAGGUGGCUUUGGUGCCGAUUUCACCAGCAAUUCUUUGUUGGCACAAUACAGACCUGAUUUGCUGCACUUGCCUACCACCAAUGGCGAGCACUGCACUGGAGACGGCAUCAAGAUGGGUGAGGCCAUUGGCGCGAAGAGCAUUGACCUUGAAUGGGUCCAGGUCCACCCGACUGGCCUUGUAAAGCCAGAUGAUGCGGACGCCAAGAUCAAGUUUUUGGCUGCAGAGGCUUUGCGCGGUGUGGGCGGCAUUAUUCUGAAUGCGGAGGGCAAGCGUUUCUGCAACGAGUUGGGCCGCCGCGACUAUGUCACUGGAGAGAUGUGGAAGAG